AUGACUUGGCUAACCCGAAUUAACGAUGGCGUGGCCAACAGUCGCGUUGGCCACUGGUUCCAACUCGAGGGUUCUGGCCAUCCCCGUGAGCGACAUGGCUCCCGUUUUACCACCGAGAUCCGAGCCGGCAUCAUUUCUUUCUUCGCGAUGGCGUACAUCUUGGCUGUCAACUCGAGCAUCGUCGCCGAUAGCGGAGGUACUUGCGUCUGCGACUCGACUCCCGAGGACCCCAUCUGCGCCGAGAAUACAGACUACCUCCUCUGCAAGAAUGAGGUCAAGCGUGAUCUGGUGACUGCUACUGCUGCGAUCUCGGCCCUGUCGACUUUCUUCCUCGGUGCUCUCGCCAACAUGCCUGUCGGAAUUAGCUGCGGAAUGGGCUUGAACGCGUACCUCGCAUAUGAUGUCGUCGGCUUCCAUGGCUCGGGAUCGGUUCCUUACGAAGUUGCCAUGACGGCCAUCUUCGUUGAGGGUCUCAUUUUCUUUGGCCUUACCAUCCUCGGUCUUCGACAAUGGCUUGCCCGUGCUAUCCCAAGGUCGAUCAAGCUUGCGACCGGCGCUGGUAUCGGUCUCUUCUUGACACUCAUUGGCCUCACCUACAGCGAGGGCAUCGGACUGGUCACUGGCGCUGUCUCUACCCCUCUUGAACUCGCCGGCUGCUCUCCUGCCGACAAGCUGGAAGACGGCACAUGUCCUGGUUCUCAUAAGAUGCAAAAUCCCACCAUGUGGUUGGGCAUCUUCUGCGGUGGUAUUCUCACGGUCAUUCUCACCAUGUUCCGCGUUAAGGGAGCUAUUCUGAUUGGCAUCGUUCUUGUGUCGAUCUGCUCUUGGCCUCGUGGUACCUCCAUCACGGCAUUCCCUUACACUCCGGUUGGAGAUGACUCGUUCAACUUUUUCAAGAAGGUUGUCAACUUCCAUCCCAUCACACGAAUUCUUGCUGUGCAAAAGUGGGAUGUCAGUCAGUACAGUGGCCAAUUCGGCCGUGCCUUGAUUACAUUCCUCUAUGUUGAUAUCCUCGACUGCACUGGCACCCUUUACUCGAUGGCCCGGUUUGCCAAUCUCAUUGAUGAGCACACUCAAGAUUUUGAGGGCUCUGCUACCGCUUACCUUGUGGACUCCAUUUCCAUCACCAUCGGUGCUGUUUUUGGCACAUCCCCUGUCACAGCCUUUAUUGAGAGCGGAGCCGGCAUCGGUGAAGGCGGUCGAACAGGCAUCACAGCCAUGGUCACCGGUUUUUGUUUCUUUAUUUCCGUCUUCUUUGCCCCUAUCUUCGCAUCAAUUCCUCCCUGGGCGACGGGCUGCGUCUUGAUCAUGAUUGGUUCAAUGAUGAUGCGAGCCGUCGUGGAUAUUAACUGGCGAUAUAUGGGCGACGCUGUUCCUGCGUUCCUAACAAUCGCUAUCAUGCCCUUUACCUACUCCAUUGCUGAUGGAUUGAUCGCCGGCAUUUGCAGCUACAUCAUCAUUCAGGUUCUGGUCUGGGCUAUUGAGACAGCCUCGAUGGGCAAGCUGACUGCCGUCAACAAGAAGGAGAAGGACCCCUGGACAUGGCGCAUCCCUGGGGGUAUCCUCCCCGGCUGGCUCACCCGACUUUUCCAGGGCAAGAAGGACUUCUGGCGUCCUUAUGCGGAUGAGUCGAUCGACGCUAAUCCCGGUGAGCCUUUGCCAUAUGUCACGACACAAGUUGUCGCAGGAGAUGGCAAGAACUGA